GCGCGAUAUCGCGAGAGUUAGGAGUAAACAGCCCCCGAAUGGAGGCGCGAGGCGUGUUAGCAGCUGAGGCGCCGUUAUCCCCGGCCCGCCGGAACUGAGCUUGAGGCAGCUGCAGCAGGUAGAUGGGCCGGGCGGCCCCCUGGAACCGCCGUCCUUCCCCGGCGCGGCCUCCCGCGCGCUCAGAGUGGCUCACAGAGUGAGUGCUCCUUCCUGCUGGACUUCAGUUCUGUGGUGCAAAUGGAAUAUAGGACUCUGUUGUCUGGCCCAGAGUGAGAGGAGCCUGAGGUCCAAGAUGGAGAAGAAACGAAGAAAGAAAUGAGAGCCUCUGUUCAGGCCGACCACAAAAGGCCAUGAAACUGCACUUUUAUUUACAUUGGACAGACUGUAGAACAGCGGAUCAGUAAUGUUUCAGCGUUUAGCUGAAACAAAAAUUAACUUAUAAUCAAGCAGGAAAAAAGUGUGAUUUGAAUUUAUGCAAUUUUAUGAUCACAUUCACUUAAGACCAUGAAGCUUGUCAACAUCUGGCUGCUUCUGCUAGUGGUUUUGCUCUGUGGGAAGAAACAUCUGGGUGACAGACUGGAAAAGAAAUCUUUUGAAAAGGCCUCUUGCCCUGGCUGUUCCCACCUGACUGUGAAGGUGGAAUUCUCCUCAACAGUUGUGGAAUAUGAAUACAUUGUGGCGUUCAAUGGAUACUUUACAGCAAAAGCUAGAAAUUCAUUUAUUUCAAGUGCUCUGAAGAGCAGUGAAAUCGGCAAUUGGAGAAUUAUACCUCGAAACAAUCCAUCCAGUGACUACCCUAGUGAUUUUGAGGUGAUUCAGAUAAAAGAAAAACAGAAAGCAGGGCUGCUAACCCUUGAAGACCAUCCCAACAUCAAACGGGUGACGCCCCAACGCAAAGUCUUUCGCUCCCUCAAGUGCACCGAGUCUGACCCCGUGGUGCCCUGUAAUGGAACCCGAUGGAGCCAGAAGUGGCAGUCGUCCCGUCCCCUGCGAAGAGCCAGCCUCUCCCUGGGCUCUGGGUUCUGGCAUGCUACAGGAAGACACUCGAGUAGACGGUUGCUGAGAGCCAUCCCGCGCCAGGUCGCCCAGACGCUGCAAGCAGACGUGCUGUGGCAGAUGGGCUAUACAGGUGCUAACGUGAGGGUUGCCGUUUUUGACACUGGGCUGAGUGAGAAGCAUCCACACUUCAAAAAUGUGAAGGAGAGAACCAACUGGACCAACGAGCGCACGCUGGACGACGGGCUGGGCCAUGGCACCUUCGUGGCAGGCGUGAUAGCCAGCAUGAGGGAAUGCCAGGGCUUCGCUCCAGAUGCGGAACUUCACAUUUUCAGGGUCUUCACCAAUAGCCAGGUAUCCUACACCUCUUGGUUCCUGGAUGCCUUCAAUUAUGCCAUCUUAAAGAAGAUGGACGUGCUGAACCUCAGCAUCGGAGGCCCCGACUUCAUGGACCAUCCCUUCGUCGACAAGGUGUGGGAAUUAACGGCCAACAACGUGAUCAUGGUUUCUGCCAUUGGCAAUGACGGUCCUCUUUAUGGCACCCUGAACAACCCUGCUGAUCAGAUGGAUGUGGUCGGCGUGGGCGGCAUUGACUUUGAGGAUAACAUUGCCCGCUUCUCUUCAAGGGGAAUGACGACCUGGGAACUGCCAGGAGGCUAUGGCCGGGUGAAACCUGACAUUGUCACCUAUGGUGCAGGAGUGAGGGGCUCCGGUGUGAAGGGUGGGUGCCGGGCCCUCUCAGGGACCAGCGUGGCUUCUCCAGUGGUCGCCGGUGCGGUCACCUUGCUUGUAAGCACAGUCCAGAAGCGUGAGCUGAUAAAUCCGGCCAGUAUGAAGCAGGCCCUGAUUGCAUCAGCCCGGCGGCUUCCUGGUGUCAAUAUGUUUGAACAAGGUCAUGGCAAGCUGGAUCUGCUCAGAGCCUAUCAGAUCCUCAACAGCUACAAACCACAGGCAAGUCUGAGCCCCAGCUACAUAGAUCUGACUGAGUGUCCCUACAUGUGGCCGUACUGCUCCCAGCCCAUCUACUACGGAGGAAUGCCGACAGUUGUCAACGUCACCAUCCUCAACGGCAUGGGCGUCACGGGCAGAAUUGUAGACAAGCCUGACUGGCAGCCCUACUUACCACAGAACGGAGACAACAUUGAAGUCGCUUUCUCCUACUCCUCUGUGUUAUGGCCUUGGUCAGGCUAUCUGGCCAUUUCCAUUUCUGUCACCAAGAAAGCAGCUUCCUGGGAAGGCAUCGCGCAGGGCCAUGUCAUGGUCACUGUGGCUUCACCCGCAGAGGUGGCAUCCAAAAAUGGUGCAGAACAGACUUCAACAGUGAAGCUCCCAAUCAAGGUGAAGAUAAUUCCUGCUCCUCCUCGAAGCAAGAGGGUCCUUUGGGACCAGUACCACAACCUCCGCUACCCACCUGGCUACUUCCCCCGGGAUAACCUGAGGAUGAAGAAUGACCCUUUGGACUGGAAUGGUGACCACAUCCACACCAACUUCAGGGAUAUGUACCAACACUUGAGAAGCAUGGGCUACUUUGUUGAAGUCCUGGGCUCCCCCUUCACGUGCUUUGAUGCCAGUCAGUAUGGAACCUUGCUCCUGGUGGACAGUGAAGAGGAGUACUUCCCUGAGGAGGUCGCCAAACUGCGAAGGGACGUGGACAAUGGCCUUUCGCUCGUUGUCUUCAGUGAUUGGUACAACACGUCUGUUAUGAGAAAAGUCAAGUUUUAUGAUGAGAACACAAGGCAGUGGUGGAUGCCGGACACCGGAGGAGCUAACGUCCCAGCCCUGAAUGAACUUCUGUCUGUCUGGAACAUGGGCUUCAGCGAUGGCCUGUACGAAGGGGAUUUUACCUUGGCAAACCACGACAUGUAUUAUGCAUCUGGGUGCAGCAUCGCUAAAUUCCCAGAAGAUGGCAUAGUGAUUACACAGACCUUUAAAGACCAAGGGUUGGAGGUUUUAAAGCAGGAAACAGCAGUUGUUGAAAAUGUCCCCAUUUUGGGACUUUAUCAGACUCCCAUUGAGGGUGGUGGCCGGAUCGUGCUAUAUGGAGACUCCAAUUGCUUGGACGACAGUCAUCGACAGAAAGACUGCUUUUGGCUGCUGGACACUCUCCUCCAGUACACGUCGUAUGGGGUGACCCCACCCAGCCUCAGCCACUCUGGGGACCGACAGCGCCCUCCCAGUGGCGCCGGCGCGCUUUCUCCAGAGAGGAUGGAAGGGAAUCACCUGCACCGGUACUCCAAGGUCCUUGAGGCCCGCCUGGGAGGCGCGGCACCGCGGACUCUGCCGGCCUGUCCGCACCUGUCGUGGGCCAAGCCACAGCCUUUAAAUGAAACGGCUCCCAGUAAUCUUUGGAAACAUCAAAAGUUGCUCUCCAUCGACCUGGACAAAGUGGUAUUACCCAACUUCCGAUCAAAUCGCCCUCAAGUGAGACCCUUGUCUCCUGGAGAAAGUGGUGCCUGGGACAUUCCUGGAGGGAUCAUGCCUGGCCGCUACAACCAGGAGGUGGGCCAGACCAUUCCUGUCUUUGCCUUCCUGGGAGCCAUGGUGGUCCUGGCCUUCUUUGUGGUGCAGAUAAACAAGGCCAAGAGCAGGCCAAAGCGGAGGAAGCCCAGAGUAAAGCGCCCACAGCUCAUGCAGCAGGCCCACCCACCAAAGACCCCUUCGGUGUGACAGACCGGCAACCAUGAGCGCAACAGAGAGCCUUCGCCAUGGCCUUGGUGGGCGGGUGGGAAGACUUCCCGGGGCCAUCUGUUUAAAAGGGAUCAAGCCUUCCGGUGUGGGUUUUUCAGAGUCUGCUCCAAGCAGGCCACCUCAUGUGAUGUGUGGUGGCUCAUGGCACCUGUGGAGGUGUCUUGUGGCCGGGGGCCCGCAGGAGGGACUCAGCAAAUCAGCCUUGAGUAACAGCUCACCCAGCUGCUGCGUGCACCAAAGCCUGGAGGACUUCAGAAGGCCCCAGGGUCUCCUGACCUGAGAGGAUGUACUUUUAAACAAAUGAAACAACUCUGACCAAGCUAAAGUAUGCUCGUUAAAGGCUAUUUUCUAUAUUUAUUGUUGGGAAAAAGUCACUUUAAAGACUUGUGCUAUUUGGAAGCAAAGCUAUUUUUUUGUUCGUCAGUGGAAUGCAGUUUUUUACUAUUUCAUUGUGAAGAGUAACACAGAUUCCGUAACCUCCUUUUUGGUGAAAGGAUGGACUGGGAUUUGAAGGAACUUGCACAAAUCUGUGAAACAGACCUUCGCUUAUUUUUAUAAGUACCAAUCGCCAUCAUGCUUUGUAAUUUGGGGUCUUUGAUUUCACCAUUGUCGGUGAAGAAAAUUUUCAAUAAAUAUGCAUCACCUGUAUGAAGCUAUAAGAAA